UUACAUUUUUCGGAGACAGCAUGUCUAAAGAAUUCUCCAACGUCGUGUUGAAGUUGAAUGAUUAAUUUUUCCUCAUCACUCCCGUAAGUAACCACAGUAUUGUUCAUUUUCUCAUUAUUUUGUCGCCGCGAUGAUAUGACCAAAUUAAACAUCAAUAUCUUACUUUGUGGCACAAUCCUGACUUUUUCAGUAUCUGGGAUUUACAUGGAAAAAUGGAGCGCACUUGUCACUCUGUUUUCAAAGUCACUAACAUGGCAACAAAAAACUUCCUGAGGAAAGGGCUUACCUCUGCAUUUGUUUCAAUCCAGAGAAGGAAUCUUACUGAACUUGGCCAAACUCCCUCAGAAGAUGACGCAUCACCCAAAGAGACAGGGCCAAUACGUCUUCUGAGAAACAGGUUAUCUGAGGAAUUUUCCAAAAAUAAAAGUGUAGACUGGAAUAGCAUACAGGAAGAAGCAUUACAGUUGGUAAAAUUUGGCAAUCAAAGGAACAUAUCAGUAAGAAUACUCCAAGUUUGUGGUCAGUUGCAAGAUUUUGAUGCAGGCAAAGCAUUCCUAAGCCACCUAAAAUCAAGUGGCUCUCCUCUAACUGUAGGUGUAAUAUUAUCAUAUUUUAAGCUGUGUAACAAUUUCAAACAUUGUUUGACAGAGGAUGAUCUACAGGAGUUGAGUAAUAUGUGCAAUAUUGUUCAAACGAAGUACCACAUGUUUUUGCAUGGCAAAUUCAUCAAUGACUUCAUCCUUGGCCUUGCUUUAACCAACAGACUAGAGGAAGGACUCAAAUACCUAGAAGUUUGCAAAGACGACAGUCAUGCAAGUACAGUAAGCUAUGCAGCUUUGAUUGAAACAGCAGCAUCCCUGAAGAAAUUUGAUGUUGCCUUAAAACUGUUCGAGGAUGGUUAUGAGUGUGACAGAGAUAUCCAAAGUAAAACAAUAGUUGUCUUCAUCACCCAAUGUUCAGAUGCUGGUAAGGCAUCGUAUAUUGAGUCCCUACUUCACAUUAUGAAUCGGCACAUGAUCAUUCCUGAGGCGUGUUUUGCUGAAAAACUGGUCGAGUUGAGCUCAUCUGAGCUGUUUCCUUUCAAAGGUUCUAUCACAUCCAUCUCAAAUGGUUGGUGCCAGCAUUGCUCUCAAGCCCUCACUAAAAUCAAGAUAACCCAAAAAGAGUAUGAGAAUUUGAAAGUUGCACUCAUCAGCGACUCCCUCAUAGGAGGAGAUAUCUUUAAAAAAACCAAUCCGAAGGAACUGAAAAAUUUCCUAUCUUUCAUCAGAAGAACCUCUCCCUAUGACAUAGUUGUUGACGGACUGAAUGUCAUGUACCUAGUGAAGCCAGAUGGUCCAAGGCACUUCAAAUCUCGCUCGUUAAAAAUGGUUGUGCACCCGCUUGUGUCGCAAAAUAAAAAAAUUCUGGUCUUGUUACGGAACCACAUGAAAAGUUACAAGGACCCUGACAUGAAUUUUGUCACCUCUCACUGCAACAUUUUCUUCGUUGAUAAUGAAUCUUCUGAUGACAAUUAUUUAUUGUAUGCAGCUUUAUAUAAUCCUCUGGGAACAUGUUUCAUCUCAAAAGAUUUUAUGCGAGGUCACAAAUCCAGCUUAAGCACCACUGAACUGCGAAAAACUUUCAAGUUAUGGCAGCAGUCCCAUCAAAUAGUACCUUACAGGAUAGGCUAUGAAACCGGGUUGCAGUAUCCUGUGGAGCACUUUUUGAUACCCCAUAAAUCUCAGGAAGGUACAUGGCACAUACCUUUCUCUACCUCAGGAAGGAUUAAUUAUGAACAUGAUCAUUUUUACAUCAAUUUACCUGAGUUAGAACAACGGAAAACUUUCUCAUGGCUGUGCUUGAAACCCAGAAAUGAAAGUGACGUAAAAUGAAUGAUAACUCAGAUCAUAUGACUCUAUUUGCUGAAGGAAACUGUUAAUCAGGCAAUGCUAAGGUUUGGAUUAUUUUUAUAAUCAUUUUCAAGUACACCCUAACAAAGAGGAAAUCGAGGGGUUCAAAUCAUUUAUUUACUACAAGUGAACAUCCUAGGGGAAAGGGAUCUUCGUCAAAAUUGAGAUACUUUUACACAGAACUCAGCACACUUUGGCCAUCAGAGAUCCUGAAUUCCAAGGAAGGAAAGCUCUAAUAAUGCUAAACAGGGUUCUUUACUCUGACUUUCAAAGGAAAGUGAAGGAAGGAUUUACAUUGCCACUGUACAAUAUUGUGCUGUGCUACAUCAGAAUUACGGUUCUGCAUUUCAGAUUCUGUGAUUUUUGAAUCUGGUACUUUAGAACAAGGUAACUUUCAUACCCGCAAAAUUAGUUACUUCAGGGUACACACUACAGAAUAUAAAGUACGCAUCCUGAAAGAAUAAAAACUGCAUGUGAUCAGGCUUUCUUAUUAUGAAGUGUCCCAUCUAAAAAAAGACUCUUAGUCCGAAGUGAAGUUCUGCGGUUUUUGAUGAGAUAGGCAGCACAGGAAAGAAGUUAAGCAGCUGUCAAAAAGGUCUGAGAACAUCAUAAGUGCAACUGAAGUCGGCUUUUGGCGAAGAGCAUUUUUUGCUAAAAACUUAAAUUCCGAUUUUUCAACUGAAUGAGCUUGUUUAGUGAUGCUUAAUUCAUGCAUGUCUACAAACUAGGGAGUGCACAGAGCUCACAGGAAUUUUUCCUGAUGUUUUUGAACAAUAACAACCCACGAAAAACGAGCUUGAAGUUGCAUGUUUCGAGCUGGCAUGUAAACGUGUGUCGGCGGGUCAUCCAAGAUGGCCGCCGCGGUCGCCCGUCGAAGAGUGGCCACACUCGUUGAGUUAACCACUGCAGCGUCCUGUAGUUCGCACGCGAUGCGGCGCGAUUUCCUACAGUUCUUGAGCAGGCUACAGAACACUACGGAGUUAACUCAACGAGCGGGGCCAUUCUCCGUCGGGCGUUCGCUGCAGCCAUUUUUAGUGACCCACCGAUGCGCGCUUAGAUGGGAGCUCAAAAUAUGCAACUUUGAGCUCGUCUUUUAUGGAUUAUUAUUGUUCCAAUACAUCAAGGAAAAUUCCUGUGAACUCUGUGCACUCUGAAGUUUUCAGAAAUACAGGAGUUAAACAUUACUAAAGAAGCUCAUUUGACAAAAAUUACUCUCCUGUAAGAUUUGCUUCCAUUAGAGCUUCAUUUUGCAUCGAGGAACUAAUAUUUCUGACUCAUCUUUUAAACCUUAUAUCUGAAUAUCUAGUCCAUGUAAGGUCCAUUUUUUCAUGGCCAUCAUGUAUGUUACUUGACUAUAUUUGAGCAUUUACCCUGUUGUUCUUUUGUUAUAUUUUGUAUUAUCUGUUUGGUUUUUAUCUCUCAAUUUGCUAAUUCUUGUAAGUUGUUUCAUCAUUUAAAUAUUUUAAAGAAUGAUUCUUUGGAUACAAUGAAAUAAAUAACUUAAUUUGUCAUAAGUAGUCAAUUAUAAGUAACAAAAAAGGAGAAAAUCUUCGCGAGGAUAAAAACCGACCCUUCAAAUCAAAGUUAGGAAGUAUGCAACACUUCUUGUUUUUGUGGAACAUCUAAAUUUCAAAUUUUUAAUCUUCCCAGAAAUAGACAAGUUUCUCAAAAUUAUUUGCAUCAUGGGGUGUUGUUGCACUGUCUCCUCAAAAUGAACUAAUUUUUCUACAAAGCUGAUGAAGUUGAAAUAGCACAAUGUUCUGUUAAUAAAUGUCAAAUUCUAUUUUAAAAAA